AAUCCUAAAGAUGUGCCUUUUCAUUGUGGUUCUUAUCCUUUUCGGGAGUUUCUCCAGCAGCCUUUCUGCCAAAAAAUGCCGCUUCGAUAAGAUUUAUAAUGAGGUCAAUCGAUUCUGCAAGAAGUCUGAAUUUCCCGGUUGCAAAACCGAGUUAACCAAUUUGAACACUUUUCUAACGUUCUUCUUCGAUAACACGAAAACUUUCUGUAAUUUACGUCGUAUAAAGGAAUAUUGCAAGCCGUGCUCCAUAAAUGCAACAUCAAACGGAAAUGGAACUACUACUACCGGAAAUGGAACUACUACUACCGGAAAUGGAACUAUUACUACCGGAAAUUGAGCUUUUAAAUGGAGCCCUAAGAAAAGCAAGCAAAGCCCCAAGAUAUAUUCAUGAAGUAUAUAUAAAGUAAUCUUUUUUCUUUCUUUCUUAUAAUGUCAAACCUUUAUCGAAUUUUUAUUUUUAAUAAUUUUUAAACUUCAAUAAAGGCAACUUAAUUGGUAUUUUUAUUACAGGGCAA